AUGCACGAACCGAUAAGUACUCCUCUUGUCGAUGAUGAGGAUGAUGAAUUGACAGCUGAAGAUUUACCUUAUCUGUCGUCAAUUUUUAAUGAAAGUGAACAAGAUUUAUUUCAAUACAAUACUCAACAACCUGUUGAUUAUUUUGCUUUUCCUCUGGUGGAAGAAAACAUUCCAAGUGAAAAACCAAUAUUGAAUGAAGAUAUUUUUGAUCUUCUUGUUCGUAUUCAUCGUCUUGUUCAGAAAGCUCGUACAUUUGUUACUAUGACUCGUCUAGUUGGCGCUCUACAACGUUAUGUACAUCAACGAAUUGAUCCUAAGAAAGGUGCUUUUAUUUUAGAUUCUAAAGUCCGUUGGAAUAGUACGUUUAAGAUGCUUGAUCGUAUUAUAAACCAUCGUAAUUUAGUCGAUGAAAUUUUUACCAAACGCGAUAUAAAUGGAUUAACAACAGCACAAAAAGUCAAGCUUCGUUCAUUAGUAUUCACUUAUGAUGAUUGGGAAUUAUUAAAUGCACUUCGAGAUUGUCUUUUACCUUUCGAGAAAGUGACAACAAUUUUAUCUGGUGAUUAUACAACACAAGCAUUGUCUUAUUAUGCUCUUCAAGUGCUAAAGGAAAAUUUUUAUCAAACAUCUGAUCCAAGCUAUUAUCAUGCGAUAAUCAACAAAAGUUUAAGUUGUCAAUACGAAUAUUAUCUUGAUGAAUUUUUACCAAGUGAUCAAAAAAUUAUCAUGAAAGUAGCAGCUUUUCUUGAUCCACUCUUUCAUGGCGACUUAAUGUUGAAUAAAAAAGAUUAUGAAACAGCCAAAUGUGUUGUUAUGGAAGAUAUGCAGCGUAUCAGUCUUACGGCAUCUGAUAUUUCAGCAUCACCAUCAUCAAGUACAUCAUCAAUUCUUUCAACAACGACUGCUUCUAAUCGCAUGGUAGAAUUUAAAUCAAGCUUGAUGGCUAUUGCCAAGAAAAAGACCAGUAUACCAUUAUCAUUUCAGCCAAUAACCCCUGAUCUUGAAAUGGCUGCAUUUCUUAAUUUAGUUCGAGACAAUGAAUUAAUGAAUUUUCAACUUUUUUGGAAAACAAAUUGUCGUGCUUUACCACGUUUAAGUCAACUAGUACGUCGUUACAAUGUAGUACCUGCUACAUCCGUCUACUUAGAACAAACAUUUAGCGUUGCUGGUGCAAUAAAAAAUCUUCGAAGAGCAUCAAUGUCAUCAUUAUCAUUACGUAGUUUAAUGAUAUUGAAGAAGAAAAAUAAUAUCGAAAAGAUUCGAUCAUUUUCUCAAUAA